CACGGUUUCCAAUUACAUCGACCGACCGUACAUUGUUUAGUUUUAAAGGUUUAGUGUAGAUCCAUAGUUCUUGAAAAUUCAAAGCUUCUGGAAUAAAACCAGCAACUACCGCCCAUCUUUUCUUUAACUUUGGCUCCUGCUUUCUCGUAUAUAUGCCAUUUAUGUUAAACAUUUGAUGAUAAAACUUACACAACUCAAAUCUGCUUUUCCUUUUCUAUUCAUCGAUAUAUUUUUUUUUUCCUGCAACCAAACAGAGGUGUUUUCUUGAGAAAUCUAGGGCUUCUAGACGCAUGGCGGUGGUGAAAUCAGAGAUUGCGGAGAAAAGUCACAGACGGCGAUGGGUUUGGGUCGUUGGGGCUCUCCUCGUCGUCCUUGCUAUGGCGAUGAAACCAAUGAUCUCGCAUUUCGGUGGCAGCAAUAAACCCUGCCACUGUGGGAAGGAUGCACAUAAGUAUAGUGGGAUGGUAGAGGACUGUUGUUGUGACUAUGUGACGGUAGACCAUCUUAAUGAGGAAGUUUUGCAUCCAAUACUCCAAGAGCUUGUUACAACUCCAUUUUUCCGAUAUUUUAAGGCUAAGUUGUGGUGUGACUGCCCUUUCUGGCUAGAUGAUGGUAUGUGCCACUUGCGGGAUUGCAGUGUUUGUGAAUGCCCCGAAAAUGAGUUCCCUGAAACAUUUAAGAAGCCCUUUAAUCAUGUCCUUUCAUCAGAAGAUCUUAUUUGUCAAGAGGGAAAGCCACAGGCGGCUGUUGACCGUACACUAGAUACCAAAGCUUUCAAAGGCUGGGUAGAAGUAGACAAUCCAUGGACAAAUGAUGAUGAGACUGACAAUGCGGAGAUGACAUAUGUGAAUCUUCAACUGAACCCUGAACGCUACACUGGAUAUACUGGUCCAUCUGCACGAAGGAUAUGGGAUGCUAUUUAUACUGAGAAUUGUCCAAAAUAUCCAUCUGGAGAAUUUUGUCAAGAGAAGAAAAUAUUGUACAAAUUGAUAUCUGGUCUUCACUCCUCCAUAUCAGUCCAUAUAGCUGCUGAUUAUCUGCUUAAUGAAGCUACAAGCACGUGGGGUCAAAAUCUCACAUUGCUCUAUGAUAGAGUCAUAAAAUACCCAGACCGUGUCGGAAACUUGUACUUCACUUUUCUCUUUGUUCUUCGAGCUGCCACAAAAGCAGCAGAUUACUUGGAGCAGGCUGAGUAUGAUACUGGUAACCCUGAUGAUGACUUGAAAACACAGUCUCUAAUGAGACAGCUGCUCUAUAAUCCCAAAUUACAAGCUGCAUGCCCCAUCCCAUUUGAUGAAGCUAAGUUGUGGAAAGGUGAAAAUGGACCUGAAUUGAAGCAGCAGAUACAAAAACAGUUCAGAAACAUUAGUGCAUUGAUGGACUGUGUUGGCUGUGAGAAGUGUCGACUUUGGGGAAAGCUUCAGGUUCAUGGUCUUGGAACUGCAUUGAAAAUCCUUUUCUCUAUUGAUGGUCAAGACCUCUUGGGACAGUCUCUGCAGUUGCAACGGAAUGAAGUGAUUGCCCUGAUGAACCUACUCAAUCGGCUCUCAGAAUCACUCAAAGUUGUCCAUGAAAUGGGAACUUCAGCUGAAAUGACCAUUAAAGGGCAGAUCUCUGCACCUGCUGCACAAAGCUGCCCAUUACAAAGGAUAUGGGCAUCUAUCGUUGGAACCAAGGAAGGACAGAGCUCUGCACCCACUUCUCAAGGCUGCCCAUUGCAAAGAAUGUGGGCAUCUAUCGUAGGAUCUAGAUAAGAGUCGCUAACUUGAGUAGACUCUGCUUCAAAGGAACACACAGUUACUUAUCUAUUAUAGGAUUCUCACCGGCAUUCUGGGUUUUGAAAACAUUUUCACGGGAGGUAUACGCCAGAAAUGUUAAAUUAAGAAGAAUCUCAGAGAAAUGUAUAAGUUGGUGAAGAUUUGUAUUUGGUUGUCAACAUUUCAAAACCCUCUAAUAGCAAAUUAUUCAAGUGUUUUACCA